AUGCCUGCAUCUGCACCUGCUUCUUCCGGGGCGCCCUCGACAUCAAACCCAUCCUGGUCGUACACCGGCUGCUUCACGGACGCGGUCAACCCGCGCACCCUCCCGCAAUGGUCCAACUUCAACGGUCCCAAUAUGAGCAACGCCGCUUGCGUCUCAUUCUGUGAUUCGCGCGGAUACACCAUUGCAGGCACCGAAUAUGCCGGACAGUGUUUUUGUGGUGACGAGAUCACCACACCACAGUUGGACGAGGGCAGUUGCAACAUGGCAUGCACUGGGGCUGCAGGGGAGAUGUGUGGAGGUCCCGGGGCUUUCAGCCUGUGGACGAAGAGCGGUUCGGGCAGCAAGAAGAUGGCGAAGAGACAACAGCUCAACUACAGGCCGUGGAGGAAGGUGAUGAAGUAUUGA